AUGACUGAUAAGGAGCGCAUUUUUUCGGAAUUCUACUCAGAAGUUAAAAUAAUCGAAAAGAGGGAUUCCACUUUGACACCAAAGCAGCAGAUUGACCGACUCAACAGGCCAGGAUGCACAUAUUUUAAUCUUAACCCAUUUGAUGUCCUGCAAAUCGAUCCUGAAGCGAAAAUGUCAGACAUAAAAUCUAGAUAUCGCCAGAUGUCUCUACUUGUUCACCCAGAUAAAAAUCCAGAUGACCCUGACCGAGCCCAAAAGGCAUUUGAUGCUGUCACCAAAGCUUACAAGACGCUUGAAAGCGCCGAAAGUUAUCGGAAAUGUCAAGAGGUAGUCCAGGAAGCCAAGGAUCGAGUGGUUCAAAUGUACAGACAUGCUGUAUAUGUGCAAACGUGCAAACUCUUUGCAGAUUUAGAGCGCCUUCGCGUCGAUGAGGAAACAAAGCAACAAAAUGAGAGGAAAAGAAAGGCUGAAGAAGAAGAGAUACAUCGCUUCAGAGUGCAAUACGAUCGUGAAUGGCGUGACAAUUAUGAAGAAAGUCGGAAGGACCGGAUUAAAAGCUGGCGAAGUUUCACCGCAAAAAAGGCCAAGAAAGGCGAAAGUCUGGGUGGCUUCAAGCCGCCUAAAACACGAAUGGAGCAGCGCCCCACUUAA